AUGCGCGUAAACACCCUCCUGCCGCUAGCCGGCCUAGCCAGCGCCAGCGCAGCAGCGACCAAGGGCUGCAACGUGCUGCAGGGCGCGCUGGACCAGGUGUUCCUGCCGAACACCUCGGUGUAUGAGUACGAGGCGCAGCAGUUCUGGUCCAACACGGAGCUGAUGUCGCCUGGGUGCGUGUUCCGGCCGCAGUCUUCCGCGCAGCUGGCGCGCGGCAUCGAGAAGCUGGUGGCGGCGCAGGCGGAGUUCGCUGUGCGCGGCGGUGGACACAUGGGCAUCCGCGGCUCGAACAACAUCGACAACGGCGUGCUGAUCGUCAUGUCUAACCUGACGACGCUGGAGCUGUCGAGCGACCACUCGAUCUUGCAUCUUGGUCCUGGAUUCCGCUGGCAACAAGUGUACGACUUCCUGGAGCCGUACGAGCUGGCGGUGCCGGGCGGGCGUCUGGGUCCCGUGGGCGUGCCCGGCCUGCUUUUGGCCGGCGGCAUCAGCUACUACGGCAACCAGGUGGGCUUCUCGUGCGACUCGGUGGUCAACUACGAGGUGGUGCUGGCCAACGGCACGGUGGUCGAGGCCAACGCGACGUCGCACGCGGACCUGUUCUGGGCGCUGAAGGGCGGCAGCAGCAACUUCGGACUGGUGACGCGCUUUGACAUCGAGACUCUCCCGUCCACCAAGGUGUGGGCCGGUACCUGGACCGUGGCUGAGGAGUACAUUGAGGAUUUCCUGGCUGCGACUGCCGCCUUCGCAGCCAACAACACCGACCCCAAGACGCACAUCGUGCCCGCCGUCGUGCCCGCCCAGGACUUGACGGUGGCCUCGGUGAUUCUUUUCUACGACAGCCCCGAUGAGAGCUAUCCGGAGGCGUUCAAGCCCUUCACGGAUAUCCCUGCUGUGUCGCAGACGAUGGGCUUCAAGACGCUGGCCGAGAUGUCCAAGGAGAUGGGCGCCGUGGUGACGGAUCAUAUCAACGACAUCUUCGUAGCGGGCACCAUCAAAGCCACCACCUACGACGACCUUCUCAAGGGCGUAAACAUCAUCAACGCGACCUUCGCCGCACAACUGCCCAAGCUCUACGCGCAGAUCCCUGCCUCCGACAUCUCGAUCAUCGAGCUAGACUGGCAACCGAUCGGAGCGAACUGGAUCAACGCGUCGAACAAACGGGGCGGAAACGCCCUGGGGCUGGACGCCUCGGAGAUCUACUUGUGCUACGCGGAAGUGGUCGAGUGGAUCGGCAGCGCGUACGACGAGGUCGUCGGUGCUUGGGUCGUUGAGACGACGGAUUUGAUCAACAAUGCUACUGCUGCUGCUGGGUUGUAUGAUCCGUUCAACUACAUGGGUGAUGCUGCCUGGUUCCAGGAAAUUUAUGGGGGCUAUGGCAGUGCGAAUGUUGAGAGACUCCAGGAGGUGGCGAGUGCGUAUGAUCCUGAAGGGGUCUUUCAGACGCUGAUGCCGGGUGGGUAUAAGAUCUUUUAA